UUUGAUCACAAAAGAGCGGUAUAAAACACAAUACACAUUGUAAGCCGAAUAUAUUUUUAAAACACCCAAGAACAAACAGAUUAUUCAGGAAAGAAGAGCAGCCCAACCAAUUGAAGCGCCAUGGACGCCGCCACAUCCCUGGCGGAUCCCGCGCUGGCGGCCAUGAACAAGUUGAACAAGGGCUCCAAGUGCCGAGCAUGUCUAUCGGUGGAGCGGAAAACCGUGCAGCUAAGCGCAGAGAUCCCCAAUCUCCAGAAAUCACGCACCUAUGCCCAAUGCCUGAAGCAGUGCACCCACCUGGACCUGCGGGUCAUCAGUCCCGGCGGCUACCUGUGGCCCAUGCAGAUCUGCGUACGCUGUUGUCGCGCCCUGGAGGUGGCAAUGCACUUUGUGGAGAUGGCGCUGGAGUCGAAUCUCAAGCUUUAUGCAGAGGCAAAGAGCGUAAAGCUGCCCAGUCCCACAGGCGAAUUGAAGAGGAAGGCCAGCAGCGAAACGCUCCACUGGAACCAGUUCAGCCAGGAGUUCGAGCAGUUCGUCGAGGGCUACGAAGGAGUGCCUGGGCCCAUUGAGGAGAAUGUCCUCUACAUGCGAGGAUCCAAGGUGCCGCGACUGGAUGUCGAUGCUUCGAGCAGCAAGAGAGCGCCUAAAGAAGAUGAGGUAAUCCUUUUCGAUGUCAAGUAUGACACCAACGACCUGGAGGAGGAGGACGAAAACGACGGUUCGGAUGCAAAAAAUAAUGAGACCUUCUUCGAAAGCAGUAUUACACCAGGAGUGGCAGCAAAUGACACCUCUGUGGUUGGUAAAAGUGGCGAAAACAAUAACAAUUAUAAUUUCAAUAACAAGAACGGCGAUAUGUCCGAUGCGGAGUGCGAUCUUAUACAACGCGCUCUAUAUAUGACACUGAACGAUGAUGGCAGCAGCCAGGGCCUAAAUGAAGAGUCCAGCAAUCAUCUUAUAUCCAAUGGGGUAGAGGAAACUUCAGCACUUGGACUGGAAGAAGCCAGCACUAGCAAUAUGAAGGCCAAUAUACCCAUAUUGAAAUGCAAUAUUUGCCAAUAUACGGAUACCGAUGCGGAGCAGCUUAGAAGUCACUACAAAAGUAUUCACAAAAUAUCUAUGGCCGAAGAUGACAUAAUUGGUCUAAACAAAAAUCAAAACUUUAAGUGUCGACCUUGCAAUAGUUAUGAGACGAAAGACAGAGGUGAGAUGCAAAAGCAUCUUAUCGAUCACCAUAAAAUUGACGGUGACUUUGAAAUGUACUGCUAUAUGCAGGCCAACUGUCCAGCUUGUGACAGGAUCUUUAAGGAUCAGCGGUCGGCCAAAAAACAUUACACCAGGGUGCACACACCCGCGCAGGUUGUGGUGUCGCCGACGGAGACCUAUACCUGUAAGGAAUGCAACAAGAUCUUCAGCCAAAAGGCCAGUCUGCACAGCCACCAGCGUUUCUGCCUGGUGAAGGAUGUAGUGCAUUGCACCUUUUGCGAGCAGCAGUUCAGCAGCAUGCGCAAAUACGAGCUGCAUCUGCAGCAACUCCAUGCCGUGGAAACGUUGCACGAGUGUGAGAUCUGCCGCAGGAGCUUCAAGAGCGCCGACACCCUGACCCUGCAUCGCAAACGGCACUCGGAGAGGCAUUUUCAGUGCGACAAGUGCUCUCUGAACUAUGUAAACUCCGCGGAGUUGCGGGUGCACUAUGAGCGCGCCCACGUAAACGAGGAGCAGGUGAGCUGCCCCACCUGUGGCAGCCAGUUCCAGAACAUGGCCUUGAUGCGCGAGCACGAGCAGAGGAGUCACCAGAAGGCGAAGGUCUGGCGCUGCGAGGUGUGCAACUUUGAGACGAAGACCAGGUGGCGUAGGCGUCAGCAUCAGUACGAGCACAUGGAGUAUCCGUACAAGUGUGCGAGCUGCGCCUGCGAGUUUACAGAUCGCAGAAAGUUCCGGCAACAUUCCAAGAAGGUGCAUGGUACCGAGCUAAGCGACGAUCAGCUGGCUGAGAUGUUCCGCGAGAAGAAGGGCUACACCAACCGGCACGAUGCAUUCAACAGGUCGAACAAUUCGCUUGAGAUUCCGGGCUUCACGGAGGACUGCUUCACCGAGCUGAAGAGCCUGGGCGUAGACUACGACGACAUAUCCACAGAUCUCUUUGCCAACUCCACCGCCCUGGACAACCUGCUGAAUCUGAUACCCUAAGAACCGACCACCGAUCCAUUUACCUGCAUAGAAUUUACAAAAUCAAACGGCACGAACUAUAGCUGA